CCGUCAUCCCGGAAGACGCAGCAGUAGCGUGAAAGCUGUCAAUGUGCGAGCGGCGUAGUUCAAAACAAACCCGAGUAUUUUAAUUCAUUACACUAAUUGAUCUAUAUUUCAUCAUGUCUGCUAGAAAUCCGGGAAUGCAUCUUGAUCUGGAAUGGGUGUCAAAAGUCCGAGUCAACACCCAGGCUGUUCUGAAGAGAGCCCAACAGAUACAGGGACGCAAAGUUGCCAAAAGACAGUGGCAGGCAGCCUGGCUGCUAAAGGCUCUCACGUGCAUUGAUCUGACCACCCUUGCUGGAGAUGACACGCCAUCUAAUGUCCAUCGCCUCUGUAUGAAGGCCACACAGCCGAUACGUCACGACCUGCUAAAGAGCAUGGACAUGCACGACAAAGGUAUCACAACUGCUGCUGUUUGCGUUUAUCCAUCAAGGGUGGCCGAUGCUGUGAAAUCUUUAAAGGCGGCCAACUCUAGUCUUCCUGUUGCAUCAGUCGCCACUGGUUUUCCUGCCGGACAGACGCCUCUAAAGACCCGUCUGGAGGAGGUCCGUAUGGCUGUGGAAGAUGGUGCUAUGGAGAUUGACAUUGUAAUCAACCGGACAUUAGCACUUACGGGACAGUGGGCAGCCCUAUAUGAUGAGAUAAAGCAGUUCAGAGAGGCCUGUGGGGAAGCACAUAUGAAGACCAUCCUGGCAGUGGGAGAACUGGGAACCUUUACCAACGUCUACAAGGCCAGUUUUGUGUCCAUGAUGGCAGGAUCCGAAUUCAUCAAAACGUCAACUGGCAAGGAAUCCGUCAACGCCACUUAUCCUGUUGCCAUAGUAAUGGUGCGGGCCAUCCGUGACUACUACCUGAAAACAGGUCAUAAGGUGGGUUUCAAGCCAGCGGGCGGCAUUCGUACAGCGCAGGAGUCGCUGGUGUGGCUGACCCUGAUGAAAGAGGAUCUGGGUGACGAUUGGCUGAAUCCUCGCCUAUUCAGACUGGGAGCGAGUAGUCUGCUUGCUGACAUCGAGCGGCAGAUUUACCACUACGUGACGGGGCGCUAUGCAGCAUAUCAUGAACUUCCUAUGGCCUGAACCUCGAAGGCCAUUAAAGCUUUAAAUAGUUUAAAACAACCAUUAGCUAUAUGGAAAGAUGUCACAUCCCAUUCUAAAGAAAAUGACUUCUUAUGAUGAAAUGAAGAAAGAAUAUCCGUAUCACCACAAACAGAAUGUAUUUUAUUGCACUGUAAAAACUUGAGAAACGCAAGUUAUGUUAUAAAAUAAUGCAUAAAAAAUUCUGGAUGCCAUGGUGUCGAACUAUCAGAAGUAAAAGCGCUCAUUUUACAUCAGUGCAAAGGCCUCUUGCAUCACCUCGUUCUUUAAGAAAUUCCCAGCGGCUGUUCUGCAGACAACCCCGUGCAUCUGGUAAGCUUCACCUGGGUUUACGACGGCCAUGUCCACGGCUGAUAUUACUAGACGUGAGCUGCGAUAAUUUCAUUAAUAAAGAGACGGAUCUCUGAAGUGUGUGUUUGGGAUUCAUUAAGCCAGGUUAAGAGAGUUUAAAAGAUCUGAUAAUGCCGAUUUGAGCUUCGUUUGAAGAUGCCACAACUUUCUUUUUCUCCUUUCUUCUUUAAUUAAGAGAUCUCGGGCCGUGCCCUUGACUGGAAUGGGAGGAUAAAUGAGUGAAUUAAUUGUGGAAUGAGGAGAGAGGUUGAAGUGGAGCGAGAAGGAAACUUGAAGGUAUAGAAAGUAGGUUUAGAAAUGUGGAGCGGCAACAGAUUUGUAUUCACGGAGAAAUGUUUAAAGCUAUUCUCGAAUGACCUUCGUAAUACCUUCGUAAGCGCUGUUUUAGAGCUGGUGUUUCAGCGGUCCUGAGAGACACACGAGAUCUCUUGUGCAAGAAGCAGCAACCGGACAAAAUUAUCUAUACUAAUUAAUUUUCAACUUGCUUUAAGGCUCGUUCACACCAAGAACGAUAACUAAAAAAAUAGCUAUAAUUGUAUUAGCGUCCAAACUGAUCUCAAACCGCAG